CUUCACUCCCAUCCCACACACACUGGGGAAUAACCGGUGGGAUUGCUGAAGACCUUCUUGGUAGUCAGAUAACUUUAUUUGCUAAGUUCCCAAAGUGGAGACUGUGUCUCCUUUCCUCUCUCUCUCCUCUCUCUCUCUCUCUCUCCUCUCCUCUGUGUGUGUGUGUGUGACUGCAAAACGCCAGUUGCGGAAGCAAAAGCGCUUUGCUCUUCAGUCAACGCGUGGAUCGACUUCCCUUUGGAUUUAACACACAUGCGACUCGUUUAACGUAGAGGACAUGGAAACCUCACGUCCCGGGCAAACUGGGCUCACUCCAGUUCACACAGCACAAGCCGUCUCAGGUUGGAAGACGAGGAGAAUAUAAAGCAAAAUUGCUUCUUUUUAAACUUAAAAUGGAUUUUCUACCGCUUGUUUUUUUGGUUUGGGGAAUCAUCACGUUUUCAAGUGCAGCCAGAGGUCCGCCGCAAAUAUCGGAGAAGGUUCUGAGCAGACAGACGGUCAGGUUGGGCCGAACGAUCAAGUUGCCAUGCCUAGUGGAGGGCGACCCUCCCCCGCUGACCAUGUGGACCAAAGACGGCCGCACCAUCCACAGCGGAUGGACACGAUUCCGGGUCCGACGCCAAGGUCUGAAGAUCAAGGAGGUGGAGGCCGAGGAUGCCGGCACAUACAUCUGCAAGGCCACCAAUGGCUUCGGCAGCAUUAACCUCAACUAUACCCUCAUCGUGAUCAAUGAUUCAAGCACAGGAAGGGAGAGCGGAAUACUACCUGAAGGAUUUGAUGGAGAACGUACCAGUGAGGACUCUGCAGGGAAGCAAUGGGUCAGACCCAGGUUUACACAGCCCACCAAAAUGCGUCGCAGGGUGAUAGCCCGGCCUGUGGGCAGCUCUGUCCGCCUGAAGUGCGCCGCGGGCGGGCACCCACAGCCCAAUAUCACCUGGCUCAAGGACGGCAGGCCACUGGCCCUUCAGGACGCAGGGGAAGCCAAGAAGAAGAAAUGGACCUUGACCCUGAAGAACGUAAAGCCAGGAGACAGUGGAAAGUACACCUGCCGAGUGUAUAACCGAGCUGGAGAGAUAAAUGCGACGUACAAGGUUGAAGUGAUCCAGACAACCAGGUCUAAACCCAUCCUCACUGGGACCCACCCAGUGAACACCACGGUGGAUUACGGUGGAACGACCUCCUUCCAGUGUAAGGUCCGGAGUGACGUCAAACCUGUCAUUCAGUGGCUGAAGAGAGUGGAGUACGGCAGUGAGAACAAAUACAACUCCACCAUCGAUGUGGGUGGCCAGAAAUUUGUGGUGCUGCCGACCGGAGAGGUGUGGUCCCGGCCCGAUGGCUCUUACUUAAAUAAACUGAUGAUAUCCCGAGCCAAGGAGGAGGAUGCCGGCAUGUACAUCUGCCUGGGAGCAAACACCAUGGGAUACAGCUUCAGGAGUGCGUUCCUCACUGUGCUGCCAGACCCGAAGCCCCCAAAGGCAGCCACGACCCUUCCCUCCACGGGCGGCCUCCCCUGGCCCGUAAUCAUUGGCAUCCCGGCCGGUGCCGUUUUCAUCUUUGGGACCAUCCUGCUGUGGUUGUGCCAGACCAAGAAGAAGCCUUGCUCAUCGCCAGCCUCGGCUGUGGCUGCCCACAGGCAACAACAGAGAGAGCGAAUGUGCCUGCCUCAGGUACCGGACAAGGAGGGCAUCACACCCAUCAAUUACGAGGAAUACGUGGCUCAGCAGCAGCACCUGCUAACUCAAGGACCUCCGCUGGCUCCCCAAAUGGGCCCCAAAAUGUAUCCAAAGAUUUACACGGACAUCCACACGCACACGCACUCGCACGUCGAGGGCAAAGUACACCAGCAUCAACACAUCCAUUAUCAGUGUUAGCUGGCUGGCCAUGGUGUUUUUUUUGCCCGUUACUCCCGUCCCGUUUCCCUGUAAUUCCCUGCAGAGAGAGAGACCACAGCAGAAGAUCGAAGCAUUUUCUUUCUCGUUGUCCGCCAACCCCCAGCCCACCCUCCGUCCACACUGCCAGUGAGAUUCGAAGGCUUGGCUUGAAAAGGCAAACAAACAACAAUAAAAAGACUUUUGGGGAAAGAGGUUAAUGGAAAACAUUUAGAGUUGGCCUGAAAUUCCUGUGAGACACGAGGAUGUUGACUUGGAACACGAUGAGGAGAAUGAGUGCUUCAAGGUAAUGCUUUCGGAGAGAUGGAUGCCAAAAAGAUUUGACUUCAAAAGAUCAGAUAUAUUUUCCAAUAAACACAGCAACUCAUUCAUCUCGGACUUCCAAAUCCAGUUUCUGAAGCGUUGUAAAAAUCCAACUAGACUUCUGGGCAACAUAGACGCUUUGCCCCCUGUCUCUCCUCCUCAUUUCCCCUUCCCAUCCUCCCCUGCAUCCCAGUAUCGAACAAUUACUCUGUAUGUAUAAAUUAUGAAAACUACUUGAGGUAUAAUUGAAUGCUGUGAGGUUAGUUCUUUUAUGCAGUUAAAUUCACUUGACAAGAUAUCUUAUCCUUAACAACACCAAAUAAUAUUUAUAUUAUAUAUAUAUAUUUCCCCCAAAAUUACUAUUGUCCAGAACAUGAACAGAAAACUUUCAUUGCAUUUCAAUUCAAAGGUACAAGAAACCUGCUCUUGAUUAAAAAAAUAAAGCUUAACCACAGGUUACUGCCAAACGAAAGUGCUGACUGUCUUGUCCACAGCAGAGGUUCUUAGCUCACUUGACGUUCAGAGUUACAUAGUCUGCUAUGUUACGUGGAGGUUUUACCUUGAAGGCGACAAAUCAAAAACCUGCUAUCUUAUGUCUAAGCCACUGCCAAACAUGAGGGAAUGGAACAGCAGGACAAUGCUUCAUGAUGUGAACAGAGAUAGAGCAGGACGUGGAAUAGGCAUUAAUUUUUCCCUCUCUCCCUCUCACCCCCUCCCCAGCACAAAAUGCUGAUGCUGUAAUCUCUGUUUUAACCCUCCUCUAUGUAGGCACGUUAACCCUUAAGCCAUUGGAAAAAAAUCAAUGCUGCAGCCAUAGGCAGUGGAUGAAAAUAUUCUUGGAGGGUGGGUGGCUGAGUAAAACUCAGUUAAAGGGUUAGUCCCCAUUAAGAUACUGAUAGACCUGACUGACAGGUCCAUCGGUCAAUUAGAGGUGAGAGUGCCCUGACGAGCAGACCACUGGACUGGAAAUAGGCAGGCUGGCAAGUUGGGGGAAGGGCAAGAGGGGGCUGUGGGUUGGGAGGACUGACUGGGCUCAGGGCUUUCCCCUCCUUGCUCCCCUUACACAGGUGCUUGGAGAUAGGAGUUGGAUGAGCCCCCUCUAGCCUGAGCACCCCGCUACUUAUGGCUACAGCUCAGUCCCUUGAGGCGAACAGAAAUUGUUCCCAGAAAGAGAUAGAACGCAAUCACCUUAUUGUCACUGCACAAUCACAUUUCAGUGACCUUGUUACAGGACACAGGACCUCAGCAGUGCCUGCUACGCAGGUCAGAAAGAAGCUAACCGCAGAUAUAAGCCUUUGUAAUUCUAUAUAGAUUUUAAACAGAAAGUCAUGUAUAUUUUAAUUUAUUUUGUUAAGUGAGAGAAAAAAAAGUGUAUCAUAUUUUCCUCUAAACAGGUGAUCCUAUAAAUAUUUUUGAUGAAACGAAAAUUAAUCAUUGCAGAUAUUCUUUGUGUGUUGUGUGACCUUGUGGUCCCAGGAAACACCUGAUUAAAAACGGAUGGGAAA